AUUGUCUAGUUGUCCUGAGUUCAAUUUGGAACUACAAAACAAAAGAAACAGCACAGAUACACAGAGAAGGAAACAGAAGAAGGAAGCCUACCCAGAAGAGAAAGAAAAGACAGAGAGAGAAAGAAAGAGAGAGCUUUGUUUCCAAAGCUAUGGCUGGCGUCUUCUAUUCUUCAGCUGUUUUUGGGAUCUGUGCACUGGUCUUAGUUUUCAGCUCCUCAUCAUCCACCGUCCAUGCAGGCGGGUUGUCUCACCACCAGCUGGGUUUAAUACCGACCGGAUCAUCCUGCAAGGGAACCGUGGCUGAGUGCCUGGCCGGAGAGGAGUUUGAGCUGGGAUCGGAGAUCAGCCGGCGCAUUCUGGCCACCAGCAGCUACAUCAGCUACGGUGCGCUGCAGAGGAACACUGUGCCCUGCUCUCGACGCGGGGCCUCCUACUACAACUGUCAGGGUGGUGCUCAGGCCAACCCCUAUAGCCGUGGCUGCAGCAGCAUCACAAGAUGCAGGAGUUGAUUUCUUUUUUCUUUUUCUGUAGAACCAUUUCUGAUUUUGUUUUUCCCAUUUUUUUAAAUGGGUUUGAUUGUUUACAUGAAGAAGUCGAAGGAGAAAGAGAUUGGCCGUGGCGAUGAGUCAUUUAGUGCUGUGAUAAUUAUAUUUGGAUGUUUCUCUACAAGAUUAUGCUUAUUAUUAGCAUUCUGUUCUCACAAAUUUUAUCUUCAUCUUUUUCCAUGGUGAUUAUUUAGGAAUAAAGAUCUAUGCUUUUUCGCUAA